AUGAAUGAGCCAAGUAAAGGUCACCUGGCAGCAACAAAAAGGAUUCUCAGAAGUGGAUACAAUGACUGGAAACGGUCAGUGAUCAUAGGACUAUUAGCCAAAAAUAAACUAGGAUUCAUAGAUGGUUCAAUCACUAAACCUAGUGCAGAUUCCUCAUUGAUCAAAGCCUGGAGCAGAUGCAAUAGUACUCUUAUCUCAUGGUUAAUUCACGUUCUGGAUGUCACUAUUGCUAGAAGCAUCUUGCACUUUGAUUCAGCUAGAGAAAUAUGGCUGAACUUAAAAGAACGCUUUGGUCAGACUUCUGGUACACAAGUCUAUAGUAUACAGCAACAGAUAGCAAAACUUGAACAAGGCAAUCUGAGUUUGUCUGCUUUCUACACUCAACUCAAAAUGUUGUGGGAUGAAGUUGAUGCUCACACUCCAUUACCUAUGUGCACUUGCAAUAAUUGCACUUGUGAUGUGACAAGAAAGAUGCUUAAUGUGCAGGAAGAACAAAGGCUCACUUUGUUUCUCAUGAAACUUAAAGAAGACUUUAAGCAAGUCAGGGGUACCAUAUUAAUGCAACAACCAUUGCCUCACAUCUCACGUGCUUAUAGAUUACUUAUGCAAGAAGAGAAACACAAGGAAGUGUAUGAUGUUGUGCACAGUUCUUCUGAUACUAUGGCUUUCAAUGCUAUUAAAUACUAG